UCGCCAUUGGAAAACGAGAGCGCGCUCGACGCAGACAGAAUGAGGAGAGCCGAUGAGGGACGCGCAGCGAACGAGCGAGUAGCUGAUUAUUCUCCACUGCACGCGAUUGCUUUUACUUAAACAUUUCUUUUGAGCUGGAAAAGAGACACAGACAUAGGUGAGGAGCUCGGCUGAUGGAUGAGGAUGAGGAUGAUGUGCACAGGAAGGGUCUACAGCACUGGCCUUCCUCCCGUGUUCAGUUAAAGCAGACAGAGACCGCAGGGAGAGCCCCAGUAUCACCCAGCGUAAUGCUGCCCUGCCGAGUGCCCACACGCCUUUUCUACGGUAGCGCAGGAUUGUUACUGCUGGCACCGCCGAGCCGCUCCCAGCCUCCAGACGUGGUGCUCCGGCAGAACCUGCGGAUGAUGGAGCCGGCGGCGCGGCCCGAGCGGAGCGUGGAGACCCUCAUCGGGCAGAAGCUCCAGCUGAUCGGAGAUCAGUUCUAUCAGGAGCACACCGCACAUCACAGAAACCAAAGGAUCCGGGAGCCGCUGUGGUGGCGUGUGGCGCUGGCGGUCUACACGCUUUUAUUUGGAAGAGAGGCCGAGGCGAGGGAGAAUCGCAGGUGAAACGCCUCUCAAACACAGACUGCCAUCCGUGUCCCGAGAGGGACGUUCA